UACAGGUGUGCACCACCAUGCCAUGCCCCGCUCCACUCCAUACUUUGACUGCAAAAUCAGUAAGCCCACCCUCAUAGAGGUGAGGACUCCAUUUCGUAGAUGUGAGCCUGUUGUCAUGUUUCAGGACAUCUUCAAAAAGUUUAAAUAUGAGCAGGAAGCAUUGGACUCGAUCAUGAAGGACCUGGUGGCUCUCCAGAUGAGCCGACGUCCCCGGGUGUCUGCAUAUGAGACCAUGAAGAACAAGGACACGGGUCACCCAAAUAGGCAGAAAAAACACAGCAGCAGCAGCUCAGCCCUUCUGAACAGCCCCACAAUAACAACAAGCUCAUGUGCAGGGGCCAGUGAAAAAAAGAAAUUUUUGAGUGACGUCAGAAUCAAGUUUGAGCACAACGGGGAGAGACGAAUUAUAGCAUUCAGCCGGCCUGUGAGAUAUGAAGAUGUGGCACACAAGGUGGCAACAGUAUUUGGGCAACCCCUUGAUCUGCAUUAUAUGAACAAUGAGCUCUCCAUCCUGCUGAAAAACCAAGAUGAUCUCGAUAAAGCAAUUGAUAUUUUGGAUAGAAGCUCAAGCAUGAAAAGCCUUAGGAUAUUGCUGCUGUCCCAGGACAGAAACCAUACCAGUUCCUCUCCCCACUCUGGGGUGUCCAGGCAGGUGCGGAUCAAGGCUUCCCAGUCUGCGGGGGAUAUAAAUACCAUCUACCAGCCCCCCGAGCCCAGAAGCAGGCACCUCUCUGUCAGCUCCCAGAACCCUGGCCGAAGCUCACCUCCCCCUGGCUAUGUGCCUGAGCGACAGCAGCACAUUGCUCGGCAGGGAUCCUACACCAGCAUCAACAGUGAGGGGGAAUUCAUCCCAGAGACCAGCGAGCAGUGUAUGCUGGAUCCCCUGAGCAGUGCUGAAAACUCCUUGUCGGGAAGCUGCCAGUCCUUGGACAGUCCAUCGUUCCGGAAAUCACGAAUGUCUCGAGCCCAGAGCUUCCCAGACAAUAGACAGGAAUACUCCGAUCGAGAAACCCAGCUUUAUGACAAAGGGGUAAAAGGUGGAACCUAUCCCCGGCGAUACCACGUGUCUGUGCACCAUAAGGACUACAAUGAUGGCAGAAGAACAUUUCCCCGAAUACGACGUCAUCAAGGCAACCUGUUCACUCUGGUCCCUUCCAGCCGCUCCCUAAGCACAAAUGGCGAGAACAUGGGUCUGGCUGUGCAAUACCUGGACCCCCGUGGAUGCCUGCGGAGUGCAGACAGCGAGAACACUCUUUCUGUUCAGGAGAGGACCGUGCCGACCAAGUCUCCUAGUGCCCCCAUCAAUUGGCGCCGGGGCAAACUCCUGGGUCAGGGCGCCUUCGGCAGGGUCUACUUGUGCUAUGAUGUGGACACAGGACGUGAACUUGCUUCCAAGCAGGUCCAGUUUGACCCGGACAGUCCUGAGACAAGCAAGGAGGUGAGCGCUCUGGAGUGUGAGAUUCAGUUGCUGAAGAACCUGCAGCACGAGCGUAUAGUGCAGUACUACGGCUGUCUGAGGGACCGUGCCGAGAAGACUCUGACCAUCUUCAUGGAGUAUAUGCCAGGGGGCUCAGUGAAGGACCAGUUGAAGGCCUACGGAGCUCUGACGGAGAGUGUGACCCGCAAGUACACGCGGCAGAUCCUGGAGGGCAUGUCCUACCUGCACGGCAACAUGAUUGUCCACCGGGACAUCAAGGGAGCCAACAUCCUCCGAGACUCUGCUGGGAAUGUGAAGCUGGGGGACUUUGGAGCCAGCAAACGCCUGCAGACCAUUUGCAUGUCAGGAACAGGCAUGCGCUCAGUCACCGGCACACCCUACUGGAUGAGCCCCGAGGUGAUCAGCGGCGAGGGCUACGGAAGGAAGGCAGAUGUGUGGAGCCUGGGCUGCACUGUGGUGGAGAUGCUGACAGAGAAACCACCAUGGGCAGAGUAUGAAGCAAUGGCCGCUAUUUUCAAGAUUGCCACCCAGCCCACCAACCCUCAGCUGCCCUCCCACAUCUCUGAACACGGCCGGGACUUCCUGAGACGCAUUUUUGUGGAGGCUCAUCAGAGACCUUCAGCUGAGGAGCUGCUCACACACCACUUUGCACAGCUUGUGUACUGAGCUCUCAAGGCCAUGCUGCUGCUGGCCACCCCUGCUGCAUGGGCAUGGGGAUGCUGUGGGCCUUGACAAAGUCGCUGCUUCUCCCAGGCAAGGGUGUGGACCAUGGAGCUGAGGUCCAGCCAGCAUUUGUCUGUGCUCCUUCUGCCAUUGGAGCUCAGAGCCAGAGGGGAUACCUGCAGCCUCAAGGACUGGGAAACCCCAGCCUUCCAGAGCUAAGAGCUCCAGCAUCCUUAGUUCAGUGUGGAGAGGAAGGGCUGGGACAGUGUGCGCGGCAGCUGUGGGCCCCAUCCUUGGGCUGCCCUGACACUGCAGUCCACGCUGAAGCCCAGAGGGCCUGGGGCACAGGACUGACACAAGGGUUGAAUAGUGUUAUUUUCAUUCAGAGUGUUAUUGUUUCUCCUCCCAGUGUCUGGAGACCACCAGAGUGUCUGUGGGCUGGAGGAGCCCACUCAAGCCUAAGGUAAAGCCCAGUAUCCCCCGACCAAUGGAAGGCAGAGGCCCGGGCCACCCUCUCCUGUAGUGCCCCGGUCAGCUUCGCCAGUCCUUGUUCUUUACCAAAGAUGAAGCAAAUGUUAUGCUGCCUUAUUCAGGGAAGGAGGAGCCUGUCCUGCCUGUCCCCAUGACCCUGCACCCUCAAGCAGGGGCCUGAGAUGUGGAACUGCCCCCACUGAGCGGGGAGACCCAGUUUUGUCAAUGCAAUUGUCUCUGUUUUACAAGUUGGAGUCACUCUUAUGCUGUACCCUGUUUCUAAACUGGAGACUUGUGUGCCUGCUGGGCUCUGAGUACCCCUGGGUGGGCUUGGACCUCGGGUUUCAUUGGAAAGAGCUAGGGCGGUAGCCAGUGUGCUCCUGGCCUAACAUUCAUUCCCCUGCUGGAGCAGAGAAGGUAGACAGCACAAAUGAGGGUAUCUGGCCAGCUGGGUGCUGCCCCGGCAGUUGUCUUAGGCUGUGUGAGUCCAGAGCCCACGGGCUACCACCGUGUCCAAAGCCAACAGCGCUCCUUAGCCUACCUUGCCCAUCCCAGUGAGGUUCAGCCUCUUUCCCUUCUUGCUCCUCCCGUGUGGGAGGAAUGGCAACAGUGGUUGAGGAAA